AUGUUCAGUAAUCAAAACCUAAAAUAUGAAAAAGUUGUUGGAAGUAAAGACUACCUAAAGUUCUGGAUAACCUCAAUCAAGACAUUUGGAGGAACUAAGGCACCAAUGUUUCUCGUUGUCACACACACAGAAAGAAAAUCUACUGAUGAGAUCGAGAAGUAUUUUGAGGAGUUCUGGGAGGCAGUACCAGCUGAGGACAAAGACUGGUUAAAAGAAUCUCUCAAAGACCGUAUAUAUACAGUGGGUCUAGUUAAACUAAAUGACAACACAAAAAGAAAUCUGGAUUCAAUGACAAAAUCCAUAGUUGAACUAUUUACAAAUGAGAACAAUACAAAAAUUGAAUUGCCUUCUUCAUGGGCUUUAAUGGAGCAGUUAUUAUAUGAAGGAGCCUGGAAGGUUUUGCCCUUGAGUGAAAUUUGGAAGCUUAAUACAUCCCUUCCCCAUGAAUACCAAAUUAAAAGUGAUGAGGAAAUGUCUAUGUUCUUAAAAUGUUUCCAUGACAAUGGCCUUCUUUUAUAUUAUGAUGAAGAGAAAUUGAGGGAGCAUACAGUACUUGACAUUCAGUGGUUUGCUAAAGCUUUUAGCAAGAUUAUUGCUGAUAAAAACCAUAUUAAUGAAGACUGCAAAACGAGAUUAAUAACAGAAUGGAAAUCCUUUAACAAAACAGGGGAACUGAAAGAAAAAGUCAUAGAUGCACUUUGGAAAGACGAACCUUCGUAUCUGGAACACAAAAGAGAAAUUAUGUCGUACAUGGAGAAGCUUCAAAUGCUGGUACCUUUGGAGUCUUUUGAGGCUGUAUCAGAAGGCAACAUGUCAUGGUAUGUGCCAUGUAUGAACAAAAAGCAGUUUAAAGCGGACUUUUGUGAAGAUAAAUGGGAAUGCUCCUCCAUUUUAUGCUUUCGGUUCACUUCUUUUGCCAUGUUUGUGUUUUACAGACUGGUAGCAUACUGCAUGAGUUUUCUAAGAUGGAGUGUUUCAAAAGACGAAGACAAUGACGGAAGUCUAUGUCUUUAUCAAACUGCAGCUGUGUUUGAUCACAAUGACCACACGGUGGUUGUUGGUAUAUGUAAUGAUGAUAUCCAGUUGCAAGUAUUGAGAAUCACACCACUGGCUAUAGACAAAGACGUUUCAAAUGAAAUUGGAGAAUCCAUUGAAAAAGCCAUUCAAAAACUGACAGAAACAUUUAUCGGCACAAAAAUAUUCCGCAAAGGAUUCAAAUGUCAAAACAUUAUUUGUGAUGAGAAAGAUUUGUCCCUCACCCUAUCUAGUGAGCUCUCCAAUAUCAAAUCAGAAGAAAUUCAGUGCAAGUGUAGACUUCAGGAGAAACAUGUGAUAAAUGUACAAAAGACUCUGAGUUUCUGGGAAAAGACGAAAAUGAGUGUUUCUAAAUCUCCAGUGGCCUCUGGUGGACAUGACCUUGAGGGACGAUCUAGAUUUGCAAAACUUGGAAUGGCAACCAAUGAUGUAUUAAACCAGGCAUACAGAGAUAUACUAGAGAUGGAAGUGCCUCCAUCUGAUAUUGAAAAGAAAGCUAAAGCAUCACCAGUUUACAAAAGAUUCCGUCCAGAGCAAGAACAACUCUUGCUAGAUGCUAAGCUUCUAGGAUAUAAGAACUUUGACAUUUCUUUAACAUACACAUUAAUCCGAAAUAUAUGUUCAAAGAUCCCAAAACCAACAAAAGGAAAAUGGGGAGAAGAGCCAGCAGCAGGAGAAGAAACAGUGGGUGAUGAUGUCGAGAGAAUUAGAUCUAUCCGAAACGGUUUGACUGCACAUGUGAGUUCAGCCUUCACCCCUCAGACUGAAUUCAAUAAUACAUGGAUGACGAUGACCAACAUUUGUCAAAGGUUGGAAACCUACACUGGAAAGAAAUACUUGGAUAACCUGAAUAGUAUUCAUAAAUUGACUUUAAAUGAUGAAGAUGCUAUUUUAGCUAUUAUAGAAAAAGUCAACAAGGAACAGCACGAUAUAUUGAAGAAAGUCAUGUCAAAUAUGCAAAAAUUAAUGUCAGAUAUGCGAGAAGUAAAGUCAGAUGUGAAAAUUUUAAAGCAAAAUUGAUGCCGAAUCGCUAUUCAGUCCAUGACAAGUAAAGAGUUUUAUGCAUCGAACAUCUGUAGAGUGUCAAACUUUAAAAAUGAAAACCAGCCUUUACCAAUUCUGAAACAAUAUUGAUAUCAUGAAUUUUUUUUAUGAAAAAUCAAAAAUUCAGAAAGCAACUGAGACCUUGUAAGAGGAGGUGUGAAGUCAUUCAAAAAUACAUGCUUAUAAGGAUAAUUGAUUCAUAACCCUCCAAUCAUUAUCCAGUAAAUGUACUGUACUUUUUUGAUUAAUAUUCUAUGUAUCAUGUUUUAAUAGUCUCUCAUGUAUAGAAAGCCUUCAGAAUCAGACACCAGCUAUUAUACAGUAUUUUCAGUAUUAUGUAGACUUACUUCCCUUCUGUCUUUCAAUGGCGCAGUUGAAUGGCUCCAAUUUUUAAAAUUGAUGAUUAAAUUUGUUCUGGAUGUUGAACUGUUUGAUAACGGUGGACAACGACUGACUUACCAUAAAAACAUUCAACCGGGAUAACAAUAAUCAUGGAAUAUGGUGCUCAAAAAUUGAAAAUAUAUAUAAUGUAAACGAUAGCGGUACAGAUGUGUGCUAAGGCCAAUCCAAUCCAUUAGACCGUACCGAUAUUACAGUUACGGCCAGCGGCAUUCCACUUUCAGGAGGCGAGGACCCCUUGCUCAAAGCAAAGGAUCUUAUUCAUUCACUAGGAGAGGUGGUCUCCUCAAACGUACAAGUGAUAGCGGCAACGCAAAUCCCAAGCAGAUUAAAUAAUCGGCUUUGUCUCAUUAAAUUUUGCUUCAGGAAUAAAGAUGAGAAAAUACUGGUUCUGUGAAACAAAAUGAAACUGAAUGAGAUUUACGAGUCAAAUCCGCUGAAAUAUCAGGCUAGCUUUUUAAAUACACAUACAGUAUAUAGAUAAUUCAUGUUGUUGGGUGUAACAUUGAAAAAUUUCACCCCUGCAAAACCACUGUUAACCGAGGUGUUUGAGGGGUUAAAUGUUUCAUAGUUCAUCGUUAUUCUCUGCUACAUACGAUGUUUUUGUAUAUUAUACUUACAAAUGAAUUAGUUGAAUAUGAUUGGUCAAUAUACAUUUGCUAAAACACUUUUACCAGCUGAAUAAUGAAGCCACGCUAUCCGGUGUAGCAACAGUCAACAUUGUUUGACGAAGGUUGAUAUUCCAAAAAAUACCUACUGCGCAGAAUUAAUGCGCGCACGAUUCACUGUUAUAUGUAUUUGUAUAAAAUAUUUCGUAUACCUUAAUUAAUAAUGCAUAUAGUUGAGUGUAACAUUGAAAAUUUUCACCCCUUGAAAACCAUUGUCAACCUUGUUUGGAGACAUUCAAAUAAAAUUUUCAAGAAUUAAAAAAACAAUAAUAAAUUCUAAUGAAAGUGCUACGAAUAAGCAGCUAGUAGAAUUUGGUGUAGAAUAUUAAAGAAUUGCAUGUAUUACC